CACACUCCCAUUUCUAGCGUUCGCUGACUUUCACGCGCCCAAUUUGAGGCCAAAGCUUCUCUCACAUAAUGGAUCCAUAUUCGCCCGAAGGAGAGCUUAUAAACAUCCACACCGCAUUUCACUCCGGCGCUUUCCAGCAAGUCCUCGAUUUCGACACCUCAUCGCUCUCCACUGCAAAUGCUCUCCCCGCACGAGUCCUCAAGCUCCGCUCGCAGAUCGCCCUGGGACGGUCAAAGGAAGUAGCUAAGGAGCUAAAUGGUGAGAAAACACCCGACCUAGUUGCAGUGAAGCUGUUGGCGGAGUACUUGGAUGGUAAAGAUGUGGUGGAAGCCGCGAAGAAGCUUGCAGAACAGAAUGGCAGCGAGAACCUGACUGUGCAACUAUGCGUUGGAAUGAUACUUGCUAGGGCGGGGGAAGUUGACGAGGCAUUGGCACUAUUGAGCAAGCACCAAGGGAGUCUUGAUGCGGUUGCCCUCAUAGUACAAAUUCACCUUCAGCAGAACCGCGCAGACCUCGCAGCGAAAGAAACACAACGGGCCAGGAAAUGGGCGCAAGAUAGUUUGCUUGUCAAUAUCGCCGAAUCAUGGGUAGGGAUGAGAGAGGGAGGUGAGAAGUACCAGGCCGCUUUCUACGUCUUCGAGGAGCUUGCGCAAGCCAACCAAUCCCAAUCCCCACAUUCGCUCGUCGCUCAAGCAGUCUCCGAGCUCCACCUUGGCCGACUCCCUGAAGCUGAAGCUGCUCUUAACCAAGCUAUUGCUCUCGACUCUAACUCGGCCGAUACGAUUGCAAACCUAAUUGUCCUAAACACAUUACUUGGCAAGAAGGACGAGACUACACAGUUGAGGUCGCAAUUAGAAAAGGUGGAUGCAGAACACAAAGCGCUCGCGGACUGGAAGGAGAAAAAGGAGGAGUUCGAGAAGGCGAAGGCGAAAUAUUCGCCGAAGUUUGAACCUUAACGAUCACACAUAGAAUGGCGUUAAGGAGGCAGCUUCCGGAUCAGGAGCCAAGGCACAUGGGCAGUAACUUUGAUUGUAUCGGAAAACCAUGCGUGGUGAUAGACGUCCUACGAAGCGUGGAAGGAUUUACGAUAGAUCCGCCGUGCCUAAGUAUUCCGAAAGACAAACGAACUUUCCCAGCUCAGGUUUUUAAACGUGCAUCAAACUCGAAGUUGUUGGGAUGUCUGUGGCAUACCCUUUAGCUCUAGUCGGAAAUUUC